AUGCAGGGCUUCAACAUGGGGCGCUACGUCCCGCCGGACCUCGAGGGCACGACGACCGGCAACAAGCUGCACAACAAGCACGCCCUCGGCGCGCGCGCCUCCAAGCUCGCCUCCACGGGCGCCCUGACGGUCCGCUUCGAGAUGCCCUUCGCCAUCUGGUGCUCCACCUGCCCGAAGCCCACCAUCAUCGGCCAGGGCGUGCGCUUCAACGCCGAGAAGAAGCGCGUCGGCGCCUACCACUCCACGGCGAUCUGGCAGUUCCGCAUGCGCCACGCCGACUGCGGCGGCGUCAUCGAGAUCAAGACGGACCCGCAGAACACGGCCUACGUCGUCGUGUCCGGGGCGAAGAAGAGGGAUACCGGGGAGGACAACGAAGAUGCCACUCGGGCGGAGGGCGCGAUGGUGAUCAUGACGGAGGAGGAGAGGCAGAAAUUACGGAGCAACGCGUUCGCGAGCUUGGAGAAGACGAUUGAGGACAGGCAGCAGCUCGCGCGGGCGACGGAGCGGAUUGAAGAGCUUGAGGACGUGUCGAAGAGGCAGUGGGACGACCCGUACGCGCGAAACAGGGCGCUGAGGAAGACGUUCCGGGUGGGCAGGAAGGAGCGCGAGAAGGAGGCUGCCGUUGGGGAGGCGCUGAAGGAUAAGAUGAGCCUUGGUAUAGACCUCGUGCCGGUGACGGAGGAGGAUCGGCGGAGGGCGGCGUUGGUCGAUUUCGGGCCGGGGGAUGAUGAUACGGGGGCGGGCAGCAAGGCGUUGGCGAAGCCGUUGUUCUCGUCCGCGGUGGCGGCCGUUUCGAAGUCAAAGAUGGCAUCGGUGAAGGCGUCGAACGGGACGCCAAAAGCGGAGCUGGCGGCCUCGAAAAGGAGGGAGAAUAUCGUGUCUGAGAUCGUGGGCAACACGCGCAUGUCUCGCGACCCGUUCCUGCUGGAGGCGGCGCGGGCGGAGCGCACGCCGGUGAGGAUACCAGGAGUGAAGCGGAAGCGGGAUGUUAAAGAGGAUGGCGACAUUAAAGCGGUCGACGAAGGGCUGAGUUUGCCGCCUACCAAGGCUCUUGUGAGCUAUGAUUCGGAUUCGGACUGA